CAUAACUUAUUUUAACCCCAACCGGAAACGUGAGUAGGUUGAAUCGUAAAACAUCAAGAGAAGCGUUUGCUGUACUUUUAUCCGGAGUAAUAUAAACCAAGCCUUUGAAAUCACAAUGUCUGCAUCAUCAGCCGUGAAUGCAAUGAAGAAAGUUGUGCAGCAGUUGCGAUUUGAAGCAAGUAUAAACAGAGUCAAGGUGUCCCAGGCCGCCGCUGAACUGCAACAGUUCUGCUUACAGAAUGCCCACCAUGACCCGUUGCUGACGGGGGUGUCUUCCAGCACAAACCCGUUCAGACCGCAGAAAGUGUGCUCAUUUUUGUAGCUCGAAGUACUUUGCUUUCUCUUUCACUGGUUUAUAAUGCCUGUCCUUUGCAAACCAACUGUCGCCACCUCCCUCUUCAUCUGAGAAUGUUUUAUAUGAAUCAUUAUUUUAAGUCUUAAGUGCCAGUUCUAGACAUUUUUUUAAAAAAUAGUAUUACCUGACCCCUUUUUUAAUAUAAUUACCUACCUCUUCAGCUUUAAUUGCCUUAUUUUUAAUAACCAGUUAUGUAUAUAUUUUAUUGGGAAAAUGAAUUUAACAAAAGGGACUGUGAACAGAUUUUUAAUAUUUGCUGAAGUAUUUACACUUGUGGGCUAAUCAUUAUUUGCUAAAACUACUGCCAAUCUUUGUAUCACUGCCUUCCAGUAAAACAGAUAAAUCCUGAAGAAAAUACUGUCCCAAUUUUAUUUGACUGUGGAACCAAACUGGAUUUACCUCUUAAUUUAAUUCUCAAGUCUUCACUGCUUAGACGUAAGAGUCUGCUGAUGGGAUCAAUGCAGUGAUACUUUAAUGCCUUUACAUGUUCCAGAACCAAAUUAAUCAAUUUUGGGGGGAGAGGGUGACUCAAUUGAACAAAAAUGGUUGUAAUAGAAAUUUCAAAUUCCACUUUGAUUCUUAACUUUGUAGAAUAUUGGUUUACUGCUUGUCAUUUGAAGCCUGCCACCGCCAUGUUUGCCUUUUAAAAUAAAAUGAGUUAAAUGUCA